AUGGGCAAAGACAAAAAGAACACCAAAGAAGUGAAGGAGCAAUUGAGAAGAACAGGAACCAACCAAGAUCAAUGCGAAACAGUUUGUUCUCAUCUCGUUCCCCUUCUCUAUGAUAAGAACAAACAAGUAACACUCAGAGAGGAGAUUUUAAAUAUUAAAAAAUCAUCUCAUCAAGCCAUUCAAGAACAAUCGGGAGAUUCCAUGAAGAAAUGGCAACAGAGCUGUUUGGAUUAUUGUAAAUCAGCUUUGAGUUUACCAAUGGCACAAUGCAUUCUUCAUGCAGAAACUGAAAAGAAAGCAAAUCAAUGUUUGGAUGAAUCAUCAAAAGCAUUCAAGAAAACUCUCAAAAAGAUGUCCAAGUCAGUUGACAAGUAA